AUGACUUCUUCUGCCGAGACUCCUGCCCUCACCACGCUGGCCGACUCGGUCAAGGAGUCGGCCGGUACUCUCCAGCGCCUCCUCACGGAGAACCAGCUUCCGCAGCCCUCCUUCUCCCCCAGGGGCCGCCAAGACUGGUCCGAUGCGCAAUUUAUCCCCGCUAUCCUUGCCGCGCGCUCGAACCUCAUUGACGCGGCCCAGGCACUUGUGGACCUCGCGCUGGGGCCAACGGAUAUUUUGGCGGGGUACGCGGGACCCUGCCUAUCCGAGAUCGAGGUCCUAAGGACGCUGGAUUCCCUGGGCGUCGCGGAUGCUGUCCCGCUGGAUGGCGAGCUCAGUAUCCCGGAUCUCGCGUCCAAGGUCGGUGUUCGGAAUGUACAUGCGUUCGAGAAGCAGCUCCGCUUCGCCUUCCUGAUGGGCAUGUUCCGGCGCACACCCUCCGGUGGUGUUGCUCACACAGCCCUCAGCGCCGCCAUACCAGCAUCUAGCCCCUAUAUCUCACUCAGACUUGGUCGCAUCUUCUGCCAGGGAGGGCACGAGAUCGCCGCGGCGCUGCGCAAUGGGGCCGGCAAGGGGGGAAUACCGUGCGCUCUCGCGGACCCCGACGGACUGGGUAGGCCGGCCUUCGUACAGUUGGAAGAUGAGCCAGAUGGCAAAGGGAUGGAGAGGUACAGCACGGGAAUGAUUGGCCUGUAUAACCACCACGCCGGCAACUCAUACAUGCCAUUCGUUCACGGGUUCAAUUGGGACUCGCUGAGUCCAGGCGACACGGUCGUGGAUGUCGGGGGCGGCAAUGGGCAUAUUGAGAGCCAGAUCGUACCACUGAUCCCGGGGGUCAACUUUGUGAUCCAAGACCAACCAUCCAAUAGAGAGGGAGCAGAGAAGAUCAUCGAGGAGAAGGGGUUGGCAGCCCGCGUCCAGUACCAGCCACAUGACUUCUUCUUGCCGCAGCCAGAGCUACCGGGGGGACGAGUUCCAAAGGUGUACACGCUGUUCCGGGUGCUGCAAGACUGGGAGGAUGCCGACGCCGUGCGUAUACUGAAGCAUUUGGUACCAGCCAUGGAGAAGUUUGGUACAAAACUUUGGAUCAUGAACCGAAUCUUGCCGGACGAGCUCGACACGAUGCCGAGGCACAGCGAGAGAUUGCUGCGCAACCUCGACCUGGUGGUUUUCACAUUGUCUGGUGGUGGUGAGAGAAGCGCCAGUCACAUGGAGAGGAUGCUGAAGACGGCCGACGAGAGGCUCAUGAUUAAAACGUCCAGCAGGCCACUCAAUUCGCUAUUUUCGUUUGUAGAGGUCUCGCUUGAAAUAUAG